UAACAAAGUUAGCACAAUUAAAAACGAUAAUUGAAUAGAAUAGAAUGCAGAAGAAGAUGCAGACGAAGACACAGAUACUCAAGAUACUGAUCUGUUCACUCAGGAUUUACAUACCCCUGGAAAAAGGGCGUUGCAGUAAUCAAAAAAUGAAACUGUUGACCAGUCUUUUGGCAACAUUCAGAGACAACUUUGGAUGUAGUGUGGUGAUAUUUCUGACUUGGAAGAAUGAUGUUUUUACAAUAUUUUGCACUGGGGGGUUAAAUGUCAACCUGGAUCAAAUAUCACUCCCAGGUUCUUCCAUUUAAAUUGAAAUUCAGUGCAGUGCUCUUCACAGAUAGGUUGUCUCGUCUUGAAUGGUCUUGGAUGGAUCUCCCAGUUUUGGACUCUGGACCGCGCCCCAGAUUCCCACUUUGGACUGUCUGGACCUGUUUGCCCUUGCCACGCCCCCGAGCCCCGGAUCACCAUCAUCAUGCACCCCUCUCUGUCUUCCCGUCCUAUCCUGCUGUACCUUCCUCAGAUUUCCUUGUCCACUUACUUUCGGAUUAUACUGUCUGCACAGGGUCCUGAACUACUUUUGCAUUACACAGCUUUCACAUGAUCAAAAUCACUUUUUGUGCAUGUUGUUCGCGUACUUUUUAUACCUACAAAAUAAUGCUUUAUUAAUACAAAAUAAUGUUUUAUCUUCCCUUGAGAAAAACAGAACAGGAAGUUGUGCUGCAAACCUCUUGUCAAAUCUUGUCAGUUACUUAGCAACCAGUGAGUUAACCCCCCUGUGCAGUGAUACAGUAUGUCAUAAUCCCCAGAUAUUAACACUGGAGGUCUAGCACUGGAGAGUAACUUUUCUCCUUUGGCAGUUAAUAAAAACUUUAAAUAAUAAUAAUUAGAUCUUUGAUCUCUUGAUUAUUCUAAAGGAAAAAGAAAACAGCCUGCACAUUUAAUAGCGAGCGGUGGUAAAGGCCCUGAAGGACAGAGGGAUGUGUCCAGCGAAGGGCUAAGGGGAAAUCUUGGGCAUCACACUGGUCAAAGUUUGGAAAGAAAACAGACAGAAGAGGUGAACUGCAAACGAUUCUCUGAGCCUCAGCUGAGAAACAAAUCUGGCUGCUGAAGCAGUUUCUCACCUCUCCACCUGAUCUGCUGGAGAGGAAUGUCUCCUGCGAGCCAGCAAGACAAAAGCAAACCAGUAAAUCAUGACCCCGCAUGUCUCAGAUCAAGAAUGGUUAAGAUUGAAUGUUUACAUUUCAAAAUAAUUCCACAACAGAUGCUUCAAAUUGCAUAAUGGAAUUAUUUUACUAAUACCAGAGGGGAUCAAUAAAUGAAAAACAAGUCUGCUACCCUGUUUUAAUAAUCUCCAAAUCUUGACGCAAGCCAUGAAUUCCUCUCAACCUGAAAGCACGUGCUACGAAACCUUUCUUGAGGUCAUUCCAGUCCUUUAUGGUUUGCUGUUCAUCCCUGCCCUUGUUUUAAACUGCUUGGCAGGAUGGGUGUCUUUUCAGAUUCGGACAGAAUCAACUUUUAUACUUUAUCUGAAAAACCUGAUUGUUGUUGACUUCAUAAUGACCCUGACCAUUUUAACAAAAGCCAUCAGCAAGUCUAAGUUCGGACAGACACACCUGGUGGUCUUUGCGUGUCGAUUCUCUGACAUCCUCUUUUACUUCUCUAUGUACAUCAGUAUCAUCUUCCUCGGGGUGAUCAGUCUGGACCGAUACUUUAAAAUCGUGAGGCCCUUUGGAAAAUUAUUGGGCCAGAACUUAACCUAUGGAAAAUUCUUGACAGCUUUCAUCUGGAUUUCAUUUUUCUGCACAACAGCACUUCCCAAUAUGAUUCUGACCAAUAAGAAGUGGAACGGGACUGCAAACUGCAUAUCACUGAAGGACAGGCCUGGGAUUAUUUGGCAUGAAGUGGUCAUCUACAUUUGCCAAACAGUUUUUGCAGUUGUCUGUGUUUUGAUUGUAUUCACCUAUGUGUUCAUCAGCAGGAAGGUUUAUGAGUCGUACAAGAGAUCCCAGAGCUGUAAUGAGAGGUACAAGAGACAAACGAAGGCGAGGGUGUUCAUCGUCAUAGUUGUUUUCUUCAUCUGCUUUGUGCCGUAUCACCUGGUCAGAGUGCCGUUCACUAAAAUUCAGGUUGACAAGAACACCACAUGCAUAGAUUAUGCAUGGUCGUUUUCAAAAGAACUGUCUCUUUGGUUGUCAGCAACCAACACCUGCCUUGAUCCGUUGAUCUACAUAUUGCUGUGCAAAUCUUUCAGAAAUAGGGUGUGUGAAAUCUUUAGACGUAAAACAUUUAAUAUCUCAAAUGAUAAUGAUGACUCAACUCAGUAGUGUUGGUUGGUUUGCAGACACUGAUACAAGAGCAUGAGAAAAGCAGGCUAUAUACUGUACCUACAGAAUAGCCAGUGCUAGUUUUCCUGGUCACCAUUUCUGACAUCCAAUCUUGCUGAUCAGUAGAAAAUUCAUUAGGAAAGGCAAUGAAUAAUUAUUAAUUAGGCUAGGUAAGGCUGAAGAAGGAAGAGUGCAGGCAGGGGAUUUUUCUUGAACAGAGAAAUGCUUUUUGUUCACAGAGGGGGCAUGGUGGCAGAGUAGUUAAUCAGACAGGAACAGGAUAAGGACGCCAAAUGAGAAAAAAAAGUUUUCCUAUUUUAUUAUUACCAAUUGUUGCAACCGAGAAAACAUCUUGCUUUGUUACCAAAAUAGCUUUUUUAAAUUCAUACUGCCAAUUAAAUUUGAAACCCCUGUAAGUAGAAUUUGCCAAGAAAAUUAAAAAAGACAAUGUGUUUUCUGCUUUUUGUAUUUUGUAUUUUAACUGGAUGUGCGGAGGAGUAAUGUUUACUGAAGUCUUCUAGUACCUUCGUACAAAUCCCUGUGUUAUUUGUCCCAGAACAUUACCGGGCAAAAUAUCCUUUUAGACACCUCCAGUAAUGCAGUGUGUCAGUGCCCUCUGAUAAACAGUGUAAAACAGCUGUGUUUGUAUUGACACACUCCACCUUUGAGAAUAUUAAUUAUUUUUUAAUAAUAAAUAUUGUUGGUUGAACUGUC